UGUAGUUUUUGUUUAUAGAAUAGUAUUGUUAUUGUGCUUCAAAUUACUUGAGUAUUUAUUAUACAAAUUUCAUAAUAUGAGAGCUACUAGUUAUAUUUGAAUCAACCUUACUUUCUGCAAAACAAGGUAAAGAUGACGUUACCUGAUAGUGAGGAUUGUUCUUCGGACAGCCCACCUCGCAAAAGAGCCAAGUUAGAUGAUACUUUGAAUGGCAAUGGUACUAAAAGACAACUAGGACUACUAAGCUGCUGUGAUGACAUAUUGCUAGAAAUCUUCUCUUACUUGAGACCAAAUGAUCUUUUGUCUCUCAGUCAGUGUUGCCAAAGAAUACAACAAGUUGUGUUUGAUCGCACGCUGUGGACCUCAGUUGACCUUAGACCUGUUUGUCUUUCACACAUGGAAAUUGAAAAAUAUAUAAAGUUUCUCCUUCCUUGCACAAAUUUUAUAGCUACAAAUGGACCAUUGAGCUUGCUUGAUAUAUUGUGUAACAGUUUAUCAGAUAGUCAAAAUAGUGAACACACUCAAGAACCUGAAGAAUGUACAAGUAGUGAUUCAAGUUCUCAAGCAAGCUCUUCUACCUCAGAGAUAGUUCCUAGCUUUACAGGAAAGCUUUUAGAAAAAAUCAAAGAAGCUGCCCCUAACCUUGUUACUCUUAUACUCGAGAAUCAUAUUUUGGAUUCCCGACAACUCUCGUGGGAACAGUUCCCUUCAGGGUUAGAGUACCUGUCACUGCAUCGAUGUCAAGUGAGCAAUCUUCAGCCUAGUAAAUCCUUUUUCUUUGGAGUCGACAAGUAUUUACCUCGAUUAAAGGUGUUGGACGUCUCUGAUUGCACGUGGUUUGAAUCUCACUCGUUCCUUGCGCUCAGUAAAUGCCCUGCUCUUGAGGAACUGAGGCUAUCCAACAACAAGAUCAACGACUUUGUACCCUACAUCAGUUUGGGAACUCGCUUUGGCUUCAGAGCUCUCACGGUGGUGGACUUCCGCCGGACGUUUAUAAGUGACCGAGAGAUAUCCUGUCUCAACAAGACUCCGCAGCUGAAGGAGAUGUAUCUGGAAGCUCCGUCGGCUGAUGGUCGCACACUGAUCACGGACAUGGCUAUCACCUCUUUUGGAGCCACACUGGCCGAAUGGAACGCUAUGGGUUUCUUUGUUCUACUCAUGGAACACAACGACGCGUUUAUGCCGUCGCCCCUGCAAGUAGUUGAACUGUGCAACUACGUGACAGUGACGGACACAAGUUUACGUCAUUGUGCACAAUGUCUCAAAGGUCUCAAGCUGCUUAAUGUCAAAGGCACCUCGUGCACAGAGAGGGGUGUUAUAACGUUCAAAAACGCGAGACCAGACGUUGAGAUAAUAUCUAGCUUUGAUUUGGAAGUAGGCUCUAGUAACGAUAAUACCUGAGUCUUCUAAAGUGUUAUGUUUCUGAACACGAAAGCAGGAAUGCUUUUUCAUGUUUGAACUGUGCAAUAUUAUAGUGUAUUAUAUUUGGUGUGUAUUGAAUGACUAUUGUCAUUCAUGGAGUCAAUGAUUUAUUUUAUUGUUUAUUUAAGAAUCCACAGGUCUUAAUAUAUUUAAUUAUUUAAAAUAUUUUUUUUCAGAAUUUUAACAGUUAUUGAAAUAAAUAGGCAAUGAAGCUUUACUGACUAAGUUACAUUCAACUUUUAAUUCAAAAGAAUGGAAUGGAUUGUUUGGAGGCUUGAUCGUGGGGCCUAAGAAUGGUAAAUUUUAAAUUGUUUACUAAGGCUUUUUUUAAGUGAUUAUUUUCUAUGUGAGCACUAGUCUAAUGACCAAGGCAAAGCCAAGGUUGGGAAAUGAGCAAGAGUUAAAGAUGCAUUUUGGCCUGUGUGAUGAACCAUUUUUUUUGUACUGUCUCUAUUCAGUAGCGGUUCUAGGACCUUGUCAAAGAGGAGCUAACAAAAGUGCUCCCCAUCAGAAGGGGGUCUUUAAAAAUUUGCUUUUUAAAGCCAUUUGGCAACUAUUUAAAACCACUUUUAAUGUCUUGUUACAUUUUAAUGACUGAAUGCAUAGUUGAAUCUUCAUCUUUACGGUCCAAUCGGGGGGGGGCUUUAGCCCAUGUAGCCCCCUUUAGAACCGCCACUGUCUUUAUUGGUAAUUUAUCCAUGAAACAAAAUUAUUGUUCUUUGUUUAACUUUAAAAAUAGUUCCUAAAUGGUUUGUAUCUAGCUUUUCUUUCAGGUACAGACAGCUUUUAUUGUUAUUUAGUAGCACAAGACUCUGUCAACACAAUGUUAAAUUUUUACUGGUGCCGCAGCAAACCUACAGAGUAAGCGAAUUACCAUUUGCCUGAUUUGAUUUUUACUUAAAUCGAUUUAAAUAACUUGAGGUUUAAAGAGUACCUAGUACCUUUGCAUCUACAGGGAGAGUAAUAAAGUG